GGAGAGGCUCAACUGUCAGUAGGAGCUCGAGGAGCCUUAGUGAAAGUAAAUAACACACGAGGCAAACGGACUCCUUCUCCCCGGUGCCUGCUUGAAUAACUGACAUCCAGUCCAGUGUGUCGGAGUGCACGUGACAUCACAAACAUGUCCCAGCAGGCAGUGAAUGGGGUCCCGUGCAGGGGCAAGGUGCUGACUUUGGAUAACAUGAACCCCAAUGUGAGGCGGGUGGAGUACGCGGUCCGUGGAGUUAUAGUCCAGCGGGCUCUGCAGAUAGAGAAGGAGCUGAAAGAGGGAGUCAAGAAACCUUUCACAGAAGUCAUCAAGGCAAACAUAGGCGACGCGCACGCCAUGGGCCAGAAACCAAUCACGUUCCUCAGACAGGUCUUGGCUCUGUGUUCUUACCCUGAUCUCCUGGAAGACAACAAGUUUCCAGAGGAUGCAAAGCAAAGAGCGCGACGUAUUCUCCAGGCCUGUGGAGGCCACAGUAUAGGGGCCUACAGUGCUAGCCAGGGCAUUGAGUGCAUUCGUCAGGAUGUGGCACGCUACAUAGAGAAGAGAGAUGGUGGAAUCUCCUCCAACCCCGACAACAUCUACCUCUCCACUGGAGCCAGCGACGCCAUCGUGACCAUGCUGAAGUUGCUGGUGUGUGGUGAGGGUCGGGACCGUACAGGAGUGAUGAUCUCCAUCCCCCAGUACCCUCUGUACUCAGCCGCCCUGGCAGACCUGGCUGCCGUGCAGAUCAGUUACUACCUGGACGAGGACAAGUGUUGGAGUCUGGAUGUCGCAGAGCUCAAGAGAGCCAUCAACGCAGCCAGGCAGCACUGCAAUCCCCGCGUCCUCUGCAUCAUCAACCCUGGAAACCCCACUGGUCAGGUCCAGAGCAGACAGUGCAUUGAGGAUGUGAUCCGGUUUGCUAAAGAGGAGCAUCUCUUCCUCAUGGCUGAUGAAGUCUACCAGGAUAAUGUGUAUGCAGAGGGCUGCAAGUUCCACUCCUUUAAGAAAGUGUUGUUUGAGAUGGGAGCAGAGUACUCCAGCACAGUGGAGAUGGCCUCCUUCCACUCCACCUCCAAAUGCUACAUGGGAGAGUGUGGAUUCCGAGGCGGCUACAUGGAGGUGAUUAACAUGGACCCUGAAGUGAAGGCCCAACUUACUAAACUGGUGUCGGUACGUCUGUGCCCCCCCGUGCCCGGACAGGCUCUCCUGGACCUGGUGGUGAACCCCCCGCAGCCUGACGAGCCCUCCUACAACACGUUUAUGAAGGAGCGGACAGCGGUGUUAGCAGCUUUGUCAGAGAAGGCCGGGCUCACAGAGAAGAUCUUCAACACAGUACCCGGUAUCAUCUGUAACCCUGUGCAGGGGGCCAUGUACACCUUCCCCCGCAUCACUCUACCUCAGAAGGCCAUCGACAAGGCAAAGGAGGAAGGCCUGGUCCCAGACAUGUUCUACUGCAUGAGGCUGCUGGAGGAGGAGGGGAUCUGCCUGGUGCCAGGGAGUGGCUUCGGCCAGAGAGAGGGAACAUUCCACUUCAGGAUGACCAUCUUGCCCCCCACUGAGAAGCUGAAGAUCGUGCUGCAGAAAAUCCGUGACUACCACAUGCGAUUCACACAAGAGUUUUCAUAACGAUCGUCUGAAGAACUCAAUCAGUGCCAGUUCGUCUAAGUGCCUUUGUGAAGGAGGGAGCAGUCUUAAUGUAAAGAACCUUGAAUGCUUCCUUAGUUAGACAUCCUGCUCACAGCAUGAGAUGUAAUGAUUUUUAGUAAAUGAUGCACUUUCCCAAAGUUUUUUCCGGCCAGGUUUGUGAUGCUCGUUGUACAUCAUCUAAAGAGUAGAAAAUAAUUCAGAUAUCUUUGUCACAGGCUACAAGUGCAUCUCUCUCCUGCAAAGACUGACAGAUUAGUUGAAUUUAAUGACUUGUUAGGGGAUUAAUAGAAUGCACUGUGACCGGGUAGUGCCGGGGACAUCUGGGUUUUUCAUCUGUAACUAACACUUUGUAUUAAUAUUUCAAUUGUUCUUAAUGUGAUUAAAACAUUUCAAUUUCUACA